AUGAAUGGACUGGAGAGAGAUGCUCUGUUGUUGGCUGGAUACAGUUUCCCACGCACACCCAUCGGCUGGUUUGCAUAUUCAGACGAACUCUGUAAAGUAGGAACGAGUGGUGCUGGUAAACCCCGAGCUUCGACCAGAUGUUCUACCAAGAAUGGACCACCGAGUUUUGAGCCCCCACACGUCUAUCUGUGUGACCAGACGCUCAGUGACAUACAACAAAAUCUGACGAGUCCUGCUGCCUUAGAGACGUUGGCGAGCAGCACUCAGAUUCUGACGUCCAAACCUGAAGAGUUGACGGCUGAAAACAUCACAACAGCAGCUCAGAUCGCCAACACGCUGCUGCUGUCUCCAAACGCCACAGAGGUCGUCAGGGUGGCUGCCAUAGCAACAGUCAGCCAGCUGCUGAACGCCAGCGUGCCAGACAACAGCGAGGAAAACAGCGCUACACUGGAACUCACAAAGACCCUGGACCAGCUCUCUGUGGACCUCAGCCUCAGUUCCAACAUGUCUCAGUCUCAGGUGGUCCAACCCAACCUGGUGGUCCAGUCGACACAAAUCGCUGCUGCAGACACUCUGGGAGUCCAGUUCACCUCGCUCUCAGGGACAUCUGGCAGUUUCGUUGAUGACCGCAUUGUGCUAAACACCAACACAUCGACAAUCAUGGUGGAAAACGGGAUUUCUGACGCUCUGAUAUACGUUCGAUUCCCACCAGCCGUUGGUGUCAAUCAGCAGCCAGAAAACGUCUCGCUGGGUUUCGUCCUCUACCAGAACGACCGUUUCUUCAGGUCGAGGCGCUACAGUCGGAGGCGGGCCACUGUCAGGGUUCUGUCUGCCAGCAUCAGAGGUCAGGAGCGCCGCACGGUGCCACAACAUGUGGAGAUGCAGUUCAGACCAACGGUUCUGGACGGGACAGCUCUGUUCCACUUUGCUUGUGUUUUCUGGGACUACAGUCUGCAGGACUGGAGCACCGCCGGCUGCUCCAAAGGAGACGCUUCAGACGGACUCCUCAGAUGUUUCUGCAACCACACCACCAACUUCGCUGCUCUCUGGUCUUUCAGAGAGAACUAUGAGUAUGCAGAAGCCCUGGAUGUGAUUUCUAUUGUUGGACUUUCUUUUUCUGUUCUGGGUUUGGUUGUUACGAUAAUUCACCACCUUAAAGACAACUUUCAGAGAAAGUCCCGUGAGCGCGAGACGAAUAAGAACUCGAAGCUCGCUCUGCUGAGCAUCUGCGUCAGCCUGCUGGCCUUCAUCCUCACCUUCCUCUCUGGAGCUGUCAACUCCAGCCAACAGUACGCCAGUCCGGUGGAGGUCGACAAUCAGACCAACACGGUCCCGGACUCUGACGAACACGUGGAGCCAGACGGAGGCUCAUGUACAGCGGUGGCGGCUCUGCUUCAUUUCUUCCUGUUAGCCACGUUCUUGUGGAACUUCCUGUAUGGCAUGCAGCUGGUGCUGCUGGUCCGGACGAUGCGUCGAAAUUUGCCUCCACACUGGACUUCCCUCAGUGUCACUGUGGGAUGGGGAGUCCCAGCUGUUGCCAUGGCGUCCACACUGGGACGCUCCUACAGCGUGGAUGACCCGCUCGGAUACAGACAGGAGGAAUUUUGCUGGCUCGCAGCUUUGGAUAAGAACAAACAGUUUGACUUUGGGAAGCCGAUGUUCUUGGGUUUCCUCCUUCCAGUCGCUCUGAUUCUGAUCUCCAAUGUGGUUCUGUUGGUUCUGGUCUCGCUGACCACCUGCAGGACCGACCCCGCCCUCAACAGCACCAGACGUUACUCUUUUUGGAAGAAGUUUCUCACCAGUUUUUCUGUGGCCGUGUUACUGGGUCUGUCCUGGACUCUGGGCUACCUGGUACUCGUCACUAAAGGCUCCGCCCACCUGGUCUUCAGCAUCCUUUUCUGCAUCUGCACGACCACACAGGGGUUGCAGAUAUUUUUCCUCUUCACAGCCAGGACGGCGUCCUUCAGAGCCUCCGUGUCCACAUCCCUUCAGCACGUGUCAUCUGUCAACCUCCACCUCAGAGAAACAGUAUACAGGCUGCAGAGGAGCUGGGGGACGACUAGCUCCGAGUUCUACAGAGAUCUUCAGACGACCACUGAAAAAGAAACACACGUCCCAGAAUUCAGUGAAACUAAACGUUGAACUGCCUGAAAGAAAAAGACAACAGGAAAAGGAUUUAUAUUUAAUGAUUAAAGCUUUUAGCACUUUGACCAACAGAUAGUAGCACAAAACAAUGAACAGCAUUUUUUAAAUUCAAUUAAUAAACAUAUUACAUAAUCAAACAAUAUUUAGCUUUAAUAAUAUGAACGUUUCAGAGCUGAUUUAUUUCUAAAUUUUACUGGAAAAUUGUUUAUUUCCAAAUUAAUAUUUCUGUUACACACUUUUAGGAUUUACAAGAUAUAUAAAACUUAAUUUAAUUUGAUUUGCUGAUGGAAUCCCUUUUAAUCCCUUGAUCCCUUUUGUGUUGAUGCAAAGUGUAUGCUGAAUAUUUGUAAUAUUUAAUAUAUUUUACUGUGUAUACUUAUAACCGAUGUAGUUUGAUAUUUAUUAUUCAAUUAUUAGGGUCCAAGCAUCGACUGCAAGGGUCGGUGAGGACCCUAUUAGAAUUGGAGGAAUUAUUAUUAUUAUUGCUGCAAAAUAAAUUGGCUUUUUGGAGGUUUUGUCAUAUUUAAAAAGUUGGUCUGGUGUAAAUAUUGAUAUUUUAGGGAUGCAGCGAAUCAGUGUGGCAAAAUCUCUAAGUUGUGCCCCCUAGAAAAUUUAAAAAGAGUUGCACAACACAGGAAAUAGAGACAUGAUGCAGAGAUGCACGAAAAAUCCUCUUGGAACCAUACUCUAAACCUAACAGGAAGUCAUCCAUCUUGAAUUGAAUGGCAUUUUUGGCAUUUUUUGCCCCCCCAGAUAUUGACAGAUAUUGCACCUGUUAAAUGCCGUCUGCUCCCAGUCAGCCAGGUAGAUAUCAGCAUAUGGUGGGAAAUAUUUCCUCCCCAUCGCACAUCCACACACCUAUAGAUAGUUUUUGCAAUCAAAUUCGAAGUCAUUUCUGAUGAGGGUAAUCUUCAGUAGCUGGAGGAGUUCCUCAUCCGAACGCCCAGCCUCCGGGGAAGCUGCAAGGAACCUCCGGAUGGCUGCCAGCCCCAAAUCUGUGUCUAUUUUUGUGUAUAAUGAAUCUAUAUCAAUGGUAAAUAAAAAAGUGUUUUCCAGGACAGUAAGUGUUUUG